ACACCGCCUCCAUUUUGAAUAGCCAUGUAAUAGGGAUCGCACAGUUGGUGCGCGUGUAUACAUGUAUGUGUGUGUGUGUUUGUGUGUGUGUGUGCGCGCGCGCGCGUCUCGCCCACAGUGCUGCGUAGUGUCAACAAGCCACAACCAACCAAACAUCCGUCGACAUGGACGACCUGUUCAGUCCCCGCAGGAGCUUGAACAGCACACAGGGUGAAAUAAGAGUGGGACCAAGUCAUCAGGCAAAGCUCCCAGAGCUACAGCAGCGGCCUUCAUCUGGUGCACAGACCCAGACAGAGAAUGAGGAGCUCAUGUGGACACCUGGAGUUAAUGACUGUGACCUUCUUAUGUACCUUAGAGCAGCCAGGAGCAUGGCAGCAUUUGCAGGGAUGUGUGAUGGUGGAUCCACAGAGGAUGGAUGUCUGGCAGCUUCCCGUGAUGACACCACACUUAACGCUCUCAACAUGCUUCAUGCAAGCCAUUACGACGCAGCCAAAGCUCUGCAGCGUCUGGUCAAGAGGCCACUACCAAAACUGAUUGAAAAAUGUUGGUCAGAAGAUGACGUGAAACGCUUCAUCAAAGGUCUAAGGCAAUAUGGAAAGAAUUUUUUUCGCAUCCGGAAAGACUUUCUGCCCAGCAAAAAGACUGGAGAACUGAUCACAUUUUAUUACCACUGGAAGAAAACCCCAGAGGCUGCUGGAACCAGAGCUUAUCGUCAGCAACGUCGGCAGCCGUCCUCUCGCAAAGCAAAGACUCGAUCCACAGCAGCUACUGUCAGCCCUCCAUCUCGAAAUUAUUCAGUUGAAGCCAGCUCUGCCAGUGAAGAUGAUGUCGACAGCGAAGACAGCGAACAGGAAGCAAAGAGCUGCAGUCACUGUGGAACAACCACUUCCAAGGAUUGGCACCAGGUCGGGAGAGACAACUCUCUGCUCUGCACGACUUGCCGCGUGUACGAAAACAAACAUGGUUGCCUGCCACCUGCCUCUAAAUCUGCAAGCGCUUCAUUUAUGUUCAAACCUGUCAAAGCGGAAGAAGAGGUGAACAACAAGCAUGGAAUGAGGACUCGGCAGAGCAGAGCACCUCAGAUGUCAUCAUUAAGAAGUGGCCUCAGGAGGUUCACAGGCUCACCAAGCACAGAGGAUUCACAGCACAGUAACCACAAUUUCCCAACUGGAGGAAUCUCAAUUUCAUUAAGAUCCUCUGCAGAUCAUAAAAAUGACUCCACAAAGAAAGGGAACAAGAAGAUAAAAGAGGAGGUAACGGUGCCAAAGACUGCAAAACGCGUGCGGGAAAUUCCUGCUGUAGAGCCUGAUGAACCUGAAAAGAUGACACCUAAAAGGCCAAAGAUUCAGGAUCCACAAGGCGGCUCACGUUCAGAAGGUGAGGCAGAGGAAGAAAGCUCCUCAGAGAGUCGCAGCGCUCACGAUGAUGGCAGUGACACCAAAGACAUCGAUCAGGACAACCGCAGUUCCUCUCCAAGCAUACCUAGUCCUCAGCAGGGCAAUGAGAGCGACUCAGACUCUUCUGCCCAGCCCAACGGGGCUCCACCAGAGGCUUGCGCUUCAGCCACUGUGCCAUCUGACUCAUCGGUAUCUCAAGGUCUCUCCUCUCAGGACCCUCCCAUCGCCAAUCAACCUUCACAAAGCAUUGCCUCAGCUGAUCCGGCCCAGAGCCCUGGUCUAUCUUCUCCAGACUCCACACAGUCUGCUGCUGCUCAGUCCCCAGCCACAGGCAGCUCAGGAAGCCGGUCACAGCUGGUCCCAGGUCCACGGCCGACACCAGCAGCACUCAGUCAGGACCCUCCUCUUGCUUCUACGUUGCACUUUUCACCGUCUCUCAACUCCUCACAGCCCCUGCAGCCAAACAGCUCACCACCGCAGACCCCUCCCCGUUCUGUGCCCUUUUUUAGGGAUACUCAGCUCCCACACCCACCACUCACUGGCGCCCAAGUAAAGCCCCCUCCCACAACCCCAAUUCCACCAUCCCACAAACAGUUGCCACACCCGUCUGCAGCACCUUUCCCUCAGAUGCCUGCUAAUCUUCCCCCUCCUCCUGCUCUGAAGCCCCUCAACACUCUCCCCAACCAGCAUCCUCCAGGGGCCCCUCCUCCUCCUUUGCAGCUCAUGUCGCAUCCUUUGCCUUCACAUUCAGCUCCAUCCCAACCACCGAUGUCUUCUCAGAACCACCCUGGGAAAAGCAUGACCUCUCCCCUCACAGCACCUCCAGUUUCCCUCCCUCUCACAUCAUCUGCUGCCGGCCCCGUUCCGAACCUGCAGCCAUCCAUCCCACAUCUUCCUCCCAGACCCUCACCAAGCUCUGCUACAGGGGCAUCACAAAUACAGAUUAAAGAAGAGCCGCUGGAUGAGGUGGAGGAGCCCGAGAGCCCGCCGUCUCCUCCCAGGAGCCCCUCCCCAGAGCCUUCUGUCGUCAACAUGGCAAGCCAUGCCAGUCAGUCCGCAAGGUUCAUAAAACAUUUGGAUCGUGGCUACAACUCUUGUGCAAGAACAGACCUCUUCUUUACUCCGCUAUCGACCUCCAAGCUGGCCAAGAAAAGAGAGGAGGCUGUAGAAAGGUUGAGGAGAGAGGCUGAGCUCAGCGCUCGGCAGGAACGUGAAAGAGAGAAGGACAGGGAGCGGGAGAGGGAGAGAGAAGCAGAUAGAAACUCUAGGGCAUCCAGCUCUUCCCACGACAGUCGCAUGAGUGAGGUGCAGAUGACUGCUCAGGUUCACGGCCGGCCCUCCUUUGAGCAGCCCCCCACUACCGUAGCGGCCGUGCCCCCUUACAUCGGCCCAGACACACCAGCCAUGCGAAGCCUUAAUGACUAUGCUCGACCACACGUCAUGUCCCCCUCAAACCGCAACCAUCCUUUCUACGUGUCCCUGAGCCCGGGAGACCCCCUGCUGGCCUACCACAUGCCUGGCCUAUACAGCACGGAUCCGGGCCUUAGAGAGCGGGAGCUAAGAAACUUCAGGGAGCGAGAGCUACGUGAGAGAAUGAAGCCUGGCUUUGAGGUCAAACCCCCAGACCUGGAAACUCUACACCCGUCAGCCAACCACCUGGAGCACUUUGCUAGACACGGUGCGCUGGCUCUUCCCCACAUACCCGGGCCCUCCCACCCUUUUGCACCCUUCCAUUCCGGGCUGAAUCCCUUGGAGCGUGAGAGGUUGGCGCUAGCAGGCCCUCAGAUGCGCCCUGAGCUGAGUUACGCUGAGAGGCUGACUGCAGAGCGGCUUCAUGCUGAGAGGAUGGCUUCUGUGGCGACUGAUCCAGCUGCCCGGCUGCAGAUGCUCAACGUGACUCCUCAUCACCACCAACACUCUCACAUUCACUCCCACCUGCACCUCCACCAGCAGGACCCCCUUGGUCAAGGUUCCAGUCCUCAUCCUCUGGUGGACCCGCUGGCAACAGGACCACGUUUGGCUCGAUUUCCUUUCCCUGGCCCGAUGCCCAAUCCAUUGCUCGCUGAUCUCCCUCACGAUCAUGAGAUGCUGCGCCACCCACUGUUUGGAGCUGCAUAUCCGCGAGAGCUUCAGGGUCCUAUUCCUCACAUGUCUGCCUCACAUCAGCUCCAGGCCAUGCAUGCACAGUCUGCAGAGCUGCAGAGGAUGGCAAUGGAGCAGCAGUGGCUUCAAGGGCAUCACAUACAUGGAGGCCCUCUGCCAAGUCAGGAAGAUUAUUACAGCCGUCUGAAGAAAGAAGGUGACAAGCCAUCUUGAGGUGGUGCAUGCCCCUACAGAAUAUGAUUCUAUACUUUAUACACUCUAAAUGUAAUUUUGUGUGCUGUCUUUUGUUUGUUUGUGUUGAUAAAUUUAAGAAUAGUUGUGGAACUCAAAGUACGUUUCGUGUUCUGCGCAUCAUGAAACCCUAAGAUUUUCCUUCAGAAUUUCCUCGUUUUAUUGUCCAGUUUAUAAGCAGUUCCUCCAUCUGAGAUGAGACUCUUAAAGUCACACUUUUCCUCUAACCAGCUGUUAAAACCUAUUUCUUAUGCCGUCAUGUGGGCUUGCUAAAGAAGAGUAAAAACAGGCCGACUUUGGUGUUAACUUUUAAUAUCUGUCAUUUCUAAUAGAGUUCUUGUACAGAAUAAUGUUUAAAUCUGUGUGGAUGAUAGUUAUGACUUAGCAUGACUCACCCUUCACUUUUUCCACUAAGAUACUAGUACUAAGUUGUAUUGUGUGGUUAGGCUUUAAAAGCACCGUAGAAGACUGGAUUUAAUCCUUAAUAAGAAAUGUAUCUUGAAAUCCUAAAUUUUUAUAUAUCAAUAUAUCUUUUCACUGUAUAAUCGAAGCUCCUUUUUUGAGACUGUAAAUAUUACAUGUUCACAAUAAUCUAUAUGACUGAGUAUUAUUGAUAUAUCAGUAGAUGUAAACACUUGAUUCAGCAUGAAAACAGUAAAAUCCUAAGAUAGUGUCAUAAAGUGUGGUAGAAACUUGGACCAUAACCUGCCUGUCUGUUUACUGACAGGAGAUUUUCUUUGGAGAAUCUAUUGAAAUUGUUUUCCUGAAAAUGACCCAGUUGAAUACAAACUCUUAAACAUUUGGGUGGAGUUUUUUCUAAGAAAUACUGCCUAAAUUCAGUAUUUAUGUGACAUAUAUAUCGAUCUGUAUCCAUACCAUAUUUAUUUCAAUAAAUAUUU